CCCUGAAGACGCAGAUAGACACACAAGGUAUCGCUUGCUCCCUGGAUGUCUCAGAGAUGGUGAGAGAAGUAGAGGAGGAGCUUGGUCUCCUCUCCACCACUGCUGGAACUACUGUGGUUCCCCCUACCACAGUGGUGACCACAAGUCGCCCUAGCGGUGAGAUCCAGGCCUGUUUCAACACAUACGUCUCAGAGAUCCGAAACUCCAGUCUGGAAGAUGACCUGUGUCAACCGCUGGGAAGAUUCGUCGGAUGUUUGCUGUCGUCUGCUGACUCGGCCCUCACAGCCGGCCAGGUAGACAACUUACAGAACAGCAUUGACAACCAACUCUUCACCAACAACCUGACCUGUGACAUUAACGCCACUGUGAUAUAUCAGGAUCUGUCACCCUCCAACACCACGGCAGACCAACUGACGGCACCAACGACCGCAGCAUCGACAACAGAAGCAGGCAGCUCAACAACAGGGGCAGUGAACUCAACGUCAGCACAGACAACCUUGACAACAGGGAAUACAACUCUUACAACAGGAGAGACAACCCUGACAACAGGGGAAACAACUCUUACUACAGGAGAGACAACUCUGACAACAGGGGAAACUACUCUAACAGCAGGGAAAACUACUCUAACAACAGAGGAAAUAACUCUAACAGCAGGGGAAACCUCUUUUACAACAGGAGAGACAACUCCUACAACAGGGGAAACAACUCUUACAACAGGAGAGACAACUCUAACAACGGGGAAUAAUAUCACAAUAACUCAACCAGGGUACAAAACCGUAGCCAACGACGAAACCUCAAUUACGAGAGUAACAACUGAUAGCGGUAUUUCUUCGUCAGAGCUAGGGAACACCACUACUGUCGGAAGUCCGCCAACAACACCAGCAGCGAAAGCUUCUACAGCCAGUCCAGGAGGGGUCACCUCGCUUGAAGGUAACGCAAACAACUACUGGAGCACAACAGAAAAUACUAGAGAUUCUGCUGGUCUUGUGAAAAGCUCAAAGAUAGUUAUUAUUGUUUCCAUUUUCUUUGCCCUUUAUAAAAAUGUAUUUGAAAGUUUGGUGGACUGAUUUAAAUCAUGGACGUUUUUAAAACCAUUUUGAAGGGUGGCUAAAUUGAGUUACCUUUUCUACCUGUACUUUUUCCCCAAACAGUCAAAGACUUCUAUUUCUGAUCUUGUUGGUACGUUUCUUGUUCACCUCGUACACAAAUAUGCAAAGUCGUCCCAUGCAUGUUGCCAUUGAAAGACAUCUUGUAUGGCGUGGGGAGAUUGAAACAAAGGAGAGACAAGCGGUCAAAGAGAAAGGGGGAGCGGGGGUAGAUAGGUAGACAGAGUAAACAGGUGUAUAUCGAAACGAUAAUGGCCAUUUCGCCCUCGGAAAGCGUAAUAUAGGUGGUCAAUAACAACAGAAAGGAAAAGAAGAGGUGCCCUUUAACACAGAAUGCGAGAGAGGGAGUGGAUUGAGAAGGGGGGAAACCGAUAGACAAAACUGUCACAUUAUGUGAAAUAUUUUAAAGAAUUCUUUCUGCAAACCAAAUUAACGUAAAGGCAUCACGAAUGAACAGAGAGACGAAAAGACUGCAUGAAGAGCACCUUUAACUCUGUUGGUGGUACGCUGGGCUAAUGGUUUGAAUAUCAAAUGUGGUGUUUUAGAACUUGGCUUUGUUUGGGGCUGUUUUCAAGGCCUUUUAUCAAGUUGCUUAGGGUUCUGUCGAAGAAAACAUUUAAUAUUCGGAAGUCCUGUUGAUGUACAUUGUUGAAAUUGGCGAAAAACUCGUACCAUAUCACUUGAACUGCAACAGGUGAACACCCACGAAUAAAAAAAGUAGGCCUACAGCUAUGUCAGCACCUCGUUAGGCCUACUGCAUCAUCCUUUGGAUGUUUGCGCACGUGGUAACGGGCAGAAAGACACACAAGCUCCAGAUCUUGCCGGAUAUAAGGCAGACGGGUCAUGGUGUUCUUUUCCGAGAAAUGAAUCUGUGGUUGUGUUUUCGUCUUGAGGGUUCCAUAAUAUCGUAUGUGUGUUACCGGUUCAUCCUCAUUAUUGUCUGUUUUAAUGCCAUCCCCUGUUGUGUUCCAUGGUAUGUCAUUAUUUUUUCGAUGCUCAAAAACGUUGUUUGUUUCUGGCUGUUUUUUCUGUCCGGUUUCUCGACACUUGGUUGCCUUAUAUUGAUUAUAGUGUCCCAAAAUGUACUGUAUAUGACUAUUUAAACUUCGAUUUGUUUUUGUUUUCUUUUGUUUUUUUGUUGGUUUUUUUUUAGCAAACAAAUCACUCUUUACUUUCGAUUGUGAAUAAAAACGGUUUUGAAGCAAUAA